AGCGAAUCGCAUAGUCCAUGGGCCAGGCAAUUUUAGCUAUUCUCUCCCGUGAGCUUUUCGCCGCAGAAGGUCAUUAUCAUACUACUUGCCGAAGAGAUUACACCCGUCCGAGUAAGCCUGGUGAUGUAAUCGAUGAAACAACUGAAGACAAACAUUCUGCUAUUGAGUCCAAAGCUUAUGAAAAGCUGUUUGACUACAUCAGGUCCCACAUAUUAGAAACCCCGAGCAUCGUCAGGUUUACGGAUAUUACAGAGAAGUUUGUUUCGCUGAUGAAGGAGCCGGGAGCACAGGAGGUGAGAGAAAGCACUAAACGCAAUCAUCGAAGGAAACUUGAAAACGAAUACCAGUCACUUUUACAGUUUGAAGAUCUUCUUGACAACAAACGCUUGUUCGUUAUACCAGAGACGCUAUCUCGGGUUCAACUAGCAAAGGAAUUCGUGAAACUGUCAGAACGCCAGGAGCUUGCCAGCAAAGAUGGCUCAGCUGAAGUUAUAAGUCGUGUCGCUUUAGAUCUGCGCCACACCAUUCGUUCCACCGAGAGCAGCAUGGUAUGGCCUCAAAAUCAGUCAGAUUUGUCUUUAGAGUCCAUCCAGAUCCCCGAAAAUGUGAAGGCAUUUCUAUUCAUGUUACUCACCGGCCAAACAGAUCCCACAGCCUCUUCACAAAGGGUUGACCACCUUGUAAAUUCCUUUGGACAGGACUUGCUAUACGGUACGACCUGUGGCAGAAUCAAGACCCCGAAGCACAUACUUCUCCCAUAUGCCGUCAAGUCCCUGACGAACAACAUCGAAUUGAUUCAGAUAUUAAAUCGAUGUGGUCAUGGAAUUUCAUAUUCUCAGAUAGAAGAAUUAAAUACCGCACUCUGCCUUCAAAAGCUAGCCGCGACGCCAGAGAAUAUGAUUUCGAACCCUGGACAAGUACCACCUUGGCAUGGGAUAACAUCGACCGCCUAGAGGAGACUCUUUCAGGACAGGGAACUUUGCUUCGUGUAAAUGGGAUAGCGGUCCAGGCUCGCCAUUUCGGCCCUCAUUUGCCUCCAGCACAGCCCAUCGAAAAGUCAAAGAGACGGAGUAUUGAUGUAAUGCCGACUGAGGAACCUCCAUUAUAUAACGCAGGAGAACGUUGUGGACCACCUCCCAGGACGUAUGUUGAAGUAACGUCCUCAGAUCUCAGAGCAAAUGCCAUAAAAAGGACCUGCUGUGGGUUUUGGUGCGCCUUCAUGCCGCUGCAAAUCAGACCAUGAGCGGUUGGACCGGCUUCAACAUCUUGGUCCGCGACAAAGAAGAGGUCUCCAAGGAUAACGUGGGCUAAUUACCGACAAUAGAUGCACCAGUAACAAAUAUGUCAACAGUGCAUGAGGUCCUUUGCCAGUCGCUUAAGAUCAAGGACGCCCUCCAUCUUAACACUAUUGUAGCUGUCUUUGAUCAAGCCCUUUAUGCGAAGGCAAUUGAGAUCAAAUGGAAGAACAAAGUAAAGUUCCAGGACAUAGUUCUGAGAAUGGGAGCAUUUCAUACGAUCUGUACAUUACUAGGGAUUUUUGGCAAACGAUUCCAAGACGCUGGACUGACUGACCUGUGCGUUGAAUCGCAAAUUCUCGCAGAAGGAUCAGUAACUGGGGUCAUGGAAGGACGGAGGUACAAUCGGGCUGUACGUAUGCAUAAGCUUGUGUAUGAAGCUCUGAUGAGACAGGCAUGGGAGGGCUUUAUAGAGUGGAUAGGCAAAGAGAAGAAAGCCGUUGUAGACAAAGCACUAGCAGGGAUGAAGAGCUUGCACGAUAAUGUCUGCGAGUCUGAGUUUAACAAACGAAUGAGCGAUCCAGCGUUUCACGAGGUUGCAGAACUUUUCGAUAGAUACACUCUUUUCCUUCGCAACGAUAACGGAUAACGGAUAACUGUCGGCGUUCUGGAUGAGUUACCUUGACCUUGCCGAGAUUCUCCUGGCGCUGGUUCGAUCUUCAAGAGAAAGUGACUGGGCCUUACAUCUGACAGCCAUAAGAGAUAUGAUCCCUUGGUGUUUCGCCUAUGAUAACGUCAACUAUGCAAGAUACCUCUCAUCGUAUCCGUCAGAAAUGUCGCACCUCGAAUUAGACCACCCCGACGUGCUGAGAUACUUGAAGUCUGGUGGAUUUUCUGUACAAGUCGGAGAGGGGAAUCCUUUUGGGAAGAUACCAGUAGACCAAGCAUGUGAAGAGAUGGUAAACAAGGACACCCAAACACCAGGUGGCACUAAAGGGUUUAGCCUGAAGCCAAAAGCGGUAAGCAAGUAUUACCUCAUUGCGGAAUACAGAAGCAUGUUCUUACGAAACCUUAAAGAGAUCCUUCAUCUGCAGAGCGAUUCAAGUUCUCAGCAUACUGACCUUCAGCAGAGCAGGAUACUUCGAGAUGAAGCUGACGUUCAUCGCUGCUUGCCACGUUUGGAGGCUGGUUGAACCCGUUUAAGAGUCCAGGAGAAGAUCUUCUGUGUUUGUCAACGGGUAAAUUGGCAUCUGAAAAAGUAAAAAGGGAUCUUAUGUCUGCUAAAGAUGUCGGCGAAAAGGCCUUCCGGAAAUUUAGCCAAGAGAGGUUGGAGGCAAACAUACCAAUAGUCAAGUUCCACGAUACCCUGACUAAGGCAAAGUUAAAAACCUUUACCCAUAUGAACAAGAAAAUCAAGAUCCAAAACAUGACAGCCAAAGAGAUAACGCUGAAAGCAGAUCGAGCAGUCUUUGCGCAAAUGAUAAUAAUCGUUUUCAGCACGGCUAUCAUAGAUAAUAAUGAAGUAGAAUAAAUGAGGUUUACAAAAAUGCAUGAUAGCCUUAGUCCCCCGAGAUGAGACUAAAUUCGAAAAUUUUGGCUUUUUGCCCAUGGACUAGCAUAGUGCAUUAUUACAUGUGCAUUAGUGCAUGGUAGGGGGCUCCCUAAAAUGUGCUUCGAAUAAUGAAAAAUUACGUAUGGUUUAACACAGGCCCAUUUUCUUUUCAUCUAAGAGAUACCUCCCCUUCAUGCGUGACAAAUAUUACCUUUGUCGUCUUGGUGUGGCCGCUAGAAUAUGGGUGAUUACAGGAGUAGUCCGCUUUCUGAGUUUGAGCUCAGGCGACAUCAAGACAAACAACGAGCUUAUUUUUUCGCUAAGGGUUAAGAGAUAUACAGAAAUUUAUAGAACAGAGCGGUCCUUAGUGAGACUACUGCAAAGAAGAGGUUUUUAAAGUUUGCAUCGAUUUUGUAUUUAAAGUAGGCGUUUCCAGAUAGUGCUCCCAAAAAACCAGAAAAGUGCUCCCAAAAACACCCAAAAAGUGCUCCAAAAUCAAAAUAGUGCAAAAAGUGAAAAGAAAAUUACCGUAUAUUUUUAAAUUUUUUAGAGAUAAGUUGUGUUUUAUUAAAGUUUGAAUAAAAGAAAGAAUAUUGCUUUUAUUAAAUACAUGCAUUAGAGUAUCUUAUAUUGUUGUCGAUGAACGGGUAAAUCACACUUUAGUGUAUAACAACUAACUGUAUUAUAAAUGACUUCUCUUUUGUGUUUGUUUACCUUUGUUAUUUGGAUACUUCCAAAAAACAAUGUUCAUUUACAAACAUCACCAAUGUCAAUAAUGUCAAACCUGAUAACAGACCUUAAUUAUAACAAUCUCCUACCGAGAAAUAAUUACAAUAGAUGCAAAACAGGAAAACAUGGCAAACAGAUCUUCUAGAAAAGGCAUUCUAUUAUUGUAAUGAACUCCACAGGCUACCCAAUAUUUGUGGUUACCAAAGCACAGCCUACCUAUUAAAAUGUCGAAAUCACCA